UUCUGUUUUCAGUGAAAAUGAAAACAGAAAACAACCAAACCAAACACCUCCUUAUUUAUCCGACAUUUCCCCUUAAGACCAAUUUGAUUAGUUUAGUUGUGACUUGUGUACCAUCAUCUAGCUAGUAGGACACAAAAUUAUUUUUUUGUCUAAGCUGCUGCUACUUCUUUUGGGGCUUGUACCAAAGCUAGCCGCACUUGAUGCACUCACAUUUCUACUUGAAUAUGUAUUUCUUAGCUUAAAAUAGAUCAAAGAACAAAAAUGGACCAAAGCAUGAGGUUGAUCAAAGCUAAUAACUCCACUAUGUGUGAACAUCAAAGAACUAACAAUAACAUAGAAUGAAAUCAUGAAGAACAUAAUUGAUUAUUUAAUGACUACUUCUCUAACAGUCUAGAAUACACAAAGGAGCAAUUCUAGCAAUGAUUACGAAAGAGAAGGCACAUGUUCCUUUGCAUUGUACACAAAGAACCAAAUAGAUGUUCGUAAGUCAUACCAUCUCCAGUAAUAAUGUAUCAAAAUCGUGGGUUUAAUUUUCUGACUCGUCCAAAGAAAAAUGAUUUUCUCACUUAGAAUUGUACUUGUAUUCUGUUUUGUUUUUUUAGCUCAACUACUAGGCUUCUCUCUUCACAUUGUUGUAUUGCCUUAGUGUUAGGCCGUGUGUUUGGGCCUUUAUGUGCUUUGAGCCUAUAGCAAUUGCUUUAUGCACCUCAUAUAAAAUAAUAAAAACCCCAGAUGGACUAAUGUGUCCUUUAUUAGUCUUAUAAUGUGCACCCCACUUCCUUUCUCCAUAGUAGCCCAUCACAUCUCCUUUACCUUGUGUCAUUCGACUGGGCUCUCUAUAGCAACCCAGCGGAUCUCCAUAUUUGUCGUUCAAUGACGCUAGCCGCCCCAUCACCGAUGGUGAAGGCACCACAAUUGUUACCGUUGAAGCCACUUUGCAGUUGAAGGUAAGUGGAUGUGCGUGGUAUUUUUUUGUUUGGAUCAAUAAAACAUACAAGUACUCCAAAAAAAUGUAUUUUGGAGCUAUCUGUACCAUUCUAGAUCAAUGAUUCCGUAAUGGGCGAAGGGCAAUGUGGGAAUAUUAAAAAGCACGGGUUGCAAGAAGAAAAAUGGAGUGAAUAAAGCUAUAGUCUAGGCCAAUUUUGAUGGACCCAAUCAUAAAAGGCAUGUAUGAUGUAACAAAAAGAAAUCACUGAUUAACAAAAACCAAGUGGAAGGUGGAGAAGAAACAAAAAGAAUAAUAAAGAGUUGAAGCGAAGGCGUGGAUCCAUCUAGAAAGAAACAUAGAGGUAGCUAGCUAGGCAGCCACGAGCCUUGGCGCAUUUUCUUUUUUCUGUGGGCGAGUAUAAUAAUAAUUGCAGUAAAAUGGCAUUUCUGAGGUCAAUAGCAACAACAGCAAUUGCUACUAUACCUGCAGCCUUAGCAUUCUCAUCAUCUUCAUCAUCUUCUUUCCCUCGCUCUUCCCAAUCCCCCAAUCCCCAAAAUAGAUUAGGUCUUGUCAAAACACUUGCUACUCCUCCCUCUGCUCUCCACAUGGACCACAAACUCUCUUCUCAGCCUGACGCUGUCUUGCCCGAGUUACUGACGGAGUUCAUGGUGGACAUGAAAUGCGAAGGUUGUGUUAAUGCUGUCAAAAAUAAGUUGAACGAGAUAAAUGGAGUUAAGAACGUAGAGGUGGACUUGAGCAAUCAGGUUGUGAGGAUUCUCGGUUCAACGCCGGUGAAGACUAUGACUGAAGCUUUGGAGCAGACUGGUAGAAAAGCCCGGUUAAUUGGACAAGGAGUGCCGGAAGACUUCUUAAUAUCUGCUGCUGUUUCCGAAUUCAAAGGUCCAGAUAUUUUUGGUGUUGUUCGCCUGGCUCAAGUAAAUAUGGAACUGGCUAGGAUUGAAGCCAACUUUAGCGGGCUGUCGCCAGGAAAGCAUGGUUGGUCUAUUAAUGAGUUUGGUGAUCUGACUAGAGGUGCAGCAAGCACUGGUAAAAUGUUCAAUCCGGUAAAUGAGGAAAACAGUAAAGAGCCACUGGGCGACCUGGGAACACUAGAAGCUAACGAAAAGGGUGAGGCCUUCUAUAGUGGGGUCAAAGAAAAGCUGAGGGUGGCUGAUCUUAUUGGACGAUCUGUGGUGGUAUAUGCAACUGAAGAUAAAUCAGAACAUGGUAUAACUGCUGCAGUAAUUGCCAGAAGUGCUGGGGUGGGUGAGAACUAUAAGAAACUCUGUACGUGUGAUGGCACCACCAUAUGGGAGGCCACGGAUACAGAUUUUGUUACUAGCAAGGUCUGAUAGAUAAAGUAAUUCACUGAAAACAAAGCAUUGCAAUUUAGUUGUCUUGUCGCCCAUCAGCUCUACCAUAUUUUGAGGAUUGUAUCCGCCUUUCAGGAAAGGAAUUCAUCUGUGUUUAGUUUACAUUGAAUUUCUUCACCAGAAUUAUGAACUUUUGGAUAAGAUGGUUGUUAAUUUGACAAAUCUCUUAUGUUCUUAAUAAGGCACAAGUUAUCGCAUUA